GCUUUCCUGUCCCGCAGUGCUGUCCGAUAGGCGUCCGUGCAGCGAAUCGGUGGUAAACCUAAACUCUGAACCUCCGCUGGAACGGACUGCGAUUAAACCGGUGAGAUGGCGAGCAGCCCUGCAGUUCUGAUGCGGCUGGUGGCUUCAGCCUAUGCUGUGGCCGAAAAGGCUGGAACUAUUGUUCGGAAAGUGCUUCAAAGUGGCGAACUGGGUAUCGUUGAAAAGACUGGAGCUGAUGAUCUACAGACUCUGGCUGACAGGCUUGUUCAGAAGAGUAUAUGUGCAUCCCUGUCGAAAAGCUUCCCUAAAAUCACUAUCAUCGGGGAGGAGGAAUUACCAGCUGAGGUUGUUGAAGAGGACCUGAUAGAGAACGGGCACAGCAGCUUAAUUCUACAAAAAUCUUGUCCGGAUCAGUAUGCCAGUCUGAAGGAGGAAGAGCUGGUUGUGUGGGUGGACCCUCUUGAUGGAACUAAAGAAUAUACAGAAGCUGCAAGGGUUUUGUACAGCCCAGUUUACAUACAGAAGCCAGAGCUGCCCUACAGAGCCCCUAACCGGCUCUUGGAUCAUGUGACAGUGCUAAUAGGCAUUGCUUAUGGAGGAACAGCAAUUGCUGGAGUCAUUAAUCAACCCUUCUACAACUACCAGAUGGGGGCUGGUGCUUCUUUGGGCAGAACGUUAUGGGGAGUAUUGGGUUUGGGAGCAUUUGGGUUUCAGCUCCAGGAAGUCCCAGAUGGUAAAAGAAUCAUCACUACUACACGAUCCCAUAGCAAUAAACUUGUGAUCGAAGCAGUGCAAGCCAUGGAGCCACAUGAUGUCAUCAGAGUGGGAGGAGCUGGGAAUAAGAUCAUCCAGCUGGUGGAGGGAAAGGCCUCUGCUUAUGUGUUUGCCAGUCUAGGAUGUAAAAAGUGGGACACAUGUGCACCUGAAGCCAUUCUGCACGCAGUUGGAGGCAAACUGACAGACAUGCAUGGUAAUGCAUACAGAUAUGAUGCCAAUGUGAAGCACAUGAACUCUGCUGGAGUGCUGGCAACACUGAGGAAUCAUGAGUACUAUUUAAAAAGAGUGCCACAGGCUGUCCUACAGGCUCUUCCCUCUGACUGAACCAUUACAGGAUAUGAAGUCAUACUCUAAACCUUUGUGCCUCAAAGCUGUGAUAUGUCCUUGCCAUAAGUUCAUCAUUUGUCUAAAAACAAAUGUGAUUUAUUAGUUUUUACUUUAAAUUGUAUUAUUUCUUAAUUUCUUAAUAACGCUAAAAUUAUUAAGAGUUCAAUACUUACUGAGUAAAUUCACAUGUUUUGAUUCAUUUCCAGUAGAGGACCAAAUAAACCUUUUCUAAAUGUU